AAAUAUUUUACUUUACGUUGCGUAACGUUCGGUCAUACAACGUAAACUUCAACAUUAAGCAACGUAAAACUCAACAUAUGGAAAAAGUUUAACACCGGUCAUUAACUUUCUAAACAGCUAUAAUUGUAACAGAAAUAUUACCAUUUAAAUUAAAUAUAAAUACCAGCAGAAAAUAUAUGAAAUAUAAGUCUACAUUUUUUGUACCUGAUAGAAGCAUAAAAAAUCAUUAAAUAAUUUAUUGAAAGGAGAAUAUAGUGUUUGUAUGUGCACAGAGUUCAUUAAAAUAUUACAUUCUCAAAGUCACGUCGUCCACUAAAGCUAUUGCAGUUACAGUCAUAUUUCAAGCAUUCAUUAAAGAGCAAGGUUUGCAUAAAAAUGUCGUUUCCAAAAGGUAUAAGGCGAGCGCUCGCCUCCUUAGCCUCUUAUCAGCUAACACGUCGUACAAGCCGUCGUCAUAUGCAAUACUUGAUGAUAGGCAUUGGUUUCGCAACCACAGCUUCCGUGUCCUUCGUACAAAUGGAAGCAGCCAAAAAACGAAAGCUAAAUAUCUCCCUUUAUAUGGCAGAACCGAUAACAGACGCAAAUACAUUGCUUAAUAAUGAAGAAGAUAUGCGUACUAAAAUGGAAUUAAUGAUAAUGAAAGUCCAAGCCGAAUUUUGCCAAGCCUUGGAGGCAGAAGAGUAUGCGGGACAGAAGUUCAAAGUCGAUCGUUGGCUACGAACUGAGGGUGGUGGUGGAAUAACUUGCGUUCUUCAAGAUGGUGAAGUAUUCGAAAAGGCGGGUGUGAAUAUAUCCGUAGUUACCGGUAUGCUACCGCCAGGCGCGGUACAGCAAAUGCGUACAAGAGGUAAGAAGCUGGCAGAAGGCAAAAAAUUACCAUUUUUUGCUGCCGGCAUAAGUGCUGUUAUACAUCCCAGAAAUCCACACGUGCCGACAAUACAUUUCAACUAUCGUUAUUUCGAAGUUGAGAGCGACGGCGAAAAACAAUGGUGGUUCGGCGGAGGUACCGAUUUAACACCGUAUUACUUAAAUGAGGAAGAUGCUAUACAUUUUCAUAAAACACUAAAGGACGCAUGUGAUGAACAUGAUAUCGGCUAUUAUCCACGAUUCAAAAAAUGGUGUGACGAUUACUUUAGGAUCACACAUCGAAAGGAAAGUAGGGGUAUUGGUGGAAUAUUUUUCGAUGAUAUAGAUACGCCAAGUCAAGAAGAAGCAUUCAAAUUUGUUACCAGCUGCGCCAAAUCAGUGAUACCUUCCUACUUACCACUUGUCCGCCAACACAAAAACGAUGAUUACGGUGAUAACGAGCGCCAGUGGCAAUUACUAAGACGUGGUCGUUACGUUGAGUUUAAUUUAAUAUAUGAUCGAGGUACUAAAUUUGGUCUAUAUACACCCGGUGCACGAUAUGAAAGUAUAUUAAUGUCAUUACCGUUGAACGCGCGUUGGGAAUAUAUGCAUACUGUACGCCCAAAUUCGAAAGAGGGAAAACUAUUGGAAGUAUUGCAGAAUCCUAAAGAUUGGGUUUCUACGGCUUAGUAAAGAGUUUUCAUUUGGUUUUGGACUUGAUUUCAUAAAGUCAGUGUCCUAACUAUAUUAGCAUUAUCAGGAUCGUUUAUGACCUUCAAACCCUUAAAUAUGAGGCAAUUGCAAUACAAAAACAGUCUUUGUUAUAUUGGAUUGUGACUAUUACUAUUACUACACCAUUGGUUAUUGUAGUGUAUUUGUUGAUUUAUGAACAAUAAAAUGUACUUGUACAUUUAUUAUAGUAUAUACAUAUAUGUUUGUUUAAAAGAAAAUAAAGUGCACUUUUUGUAACAUUUGGAAACAA